ACAAAUUCAGCUGACUGGCUGUUGACUUCCUGCAAGCUUUUUCUUCAGAAUGAAACACUUAUCAAAUAUUUGGAACAAGCCAAAUUCGAUGUUCUGCUGAGUGACCCAGCUGUUCCUUGUGGUCAGAUUGUAGCUGAGUACCUCUCUAUUCCAUCUGUGCACUUCAUGCGUGGGACUCCUUUUGGCAUGGAUGAAGAAGCUUCUCAGUCACCAAGCCCCCCUUCUUAUAUACCUAGAUUGUUCACAACUUACACUGACCAUAUGGACUUCAGCCACAGGGUGAAGAAUCUUCUAGUCCAAUUAUUUGACUAUGCACUCUGCCAUAUGCUUUAUUCCCCCUACGCUCAUGUUGCCUCAGAGUUUCUGAGAAGAGAUGUGACAUCUGUAGAUCUUUUCAGCCGAGCUUCUAUAUGGCUGCUGAGAUAUGACUUUGUCUUUGAGUACCCAAGGCCUAUAAUGCCAAACAUGGUUUUUAUAGGUGGCAUCAAUUGUGUCAACAGGAAGCCUUUAAACCAGGACUUUGAGAAGCUGGUAAACAGUUCUGGGGAUCAUGGCUUUGUGGUUUUCUCACUUGGAUCUAUGGUAUCGGAAAUCCCUAUCCAUAAGGCUAUGGAUAUAGCAGAGGCUUUAAGAUCCAUUCCUCAAAUGGUUAUAUGGAGGUAUACGGGGCCCGAGCCUUCCAAUCUGGGUGAAAACACCCACCUAGUGAAAUGGCUGCCACAGAAUGAUCUGCUGGCUCACCCAAAGGCCCGUGCCUUUAUCACUCAUGCGGGUUCACAUGGAAUCUAUGAAGGCAUUUGUAAUGCAGUCCCUAUGGUCAUGUUACCACUCUUUGGUGACCAAAUGGACAACUCUAAGAGGAUUGAAUCUCGAGGAGCGGGAAUCACACUGAAUGUCUUGGACAUGAUACCUGAAGAUCUUAGCAAUGCUCUGACAUCUGUGAUAAACAAUCCAAGUUACAAAGAAAACAUUCAGCGGCUUUCUGAUCUGCAUCUUGACCGGCCCAUCCACCCUCUGGACCUGGCGGUGCACUGGGUAGAGUUUGUCAUGAGACAUAAAGGAGCUCCUCACUUGCGCCCAGCUGCCCAUGACUUGAACUGGAUUCAGUAUCACUCCAUAGAUGUUUUUGCCUUCCUAUUUGCAGUCUUGGUCACUUCACUUUUCAUAAGUUUUAAAUGCUGCACCUUCACCUAUCGAUGCUGCUGUAGACGAAAGUCUUCUAAAGGAAUGUCCAAGUCCAAAAAAGAAUAG